UUUGGACGCUCCCAGUCCUCCGGGACGCGGUCUGGUUCAGGCUGGGUCGCGCUGGGAGCGGAGUGCCCCGCUGGGUGGAGACGAUAUUUAACUCCUCCUCGCCCCUCUCGCCCUUUCUCAUUUGGCCCCUAGACUUCCAUGCCCCAGGCCCUCUCUCCCCAGCUGCCUCCUGCCCCACAGCCCUAGUGGGUUCCUCGCCGCACUUCGGGUCUGCACGGCUCGGAGCCGCGGAGGGUUAAGGGGGCGGGGCCGCUGCAUUUUUGGGGAGUGAGCGCAUCCUAGCGGCUGCCAAGAGGGGCACCGGGCAGGAGCCUCACGAAGCCCCGGAGCAGGGGCAACAGGUGUUUUGGAGAUUACGGGAUCCUGCUCUUGCUCCUCGGACUCCCCCUAAAGAAGCAGAUCGCCACGGUGCGGGCGUUGGGUGGGCAGCCGAGGAAGACAGCUGAAGUAAAAAGAGGAAACUGAGAAGUCAGCGCUGCCGGAGGGGGCGACUGUGUGGAUGGGAUGGGGACGCCGGGGGAGGGGCUGGGCCGCUGCUCCCACGCCCUGAUCCGCGGGGUCCCGGAGAGCCUGGCGUCGGGGGAGGGUGCGGGGGCUGGCCUCCCUGCCCUGGACCUGGCUAAAGCACAGAGGGAGCACGGGGUGCUGGGGGGUAAGUUGAGGCAGCGAUUGGGGCUUCAGCUGCUAGAACUGCCUCCUGAAGAGUCGCUGCCGCUGGGACCGCUGCUCGGCGACACCGCCGUGAUCCAGGGGGACACGGCCCUGAUCACGCGGCCCUGGAGUCCUGCCCGCAGGCCAGAGGUGACGCCAGGGGGCGCGGGGGGCAUCCGGGCUUCAGGGAAGAAGUGGGGUGGGAAUGUCUCGGCCCGCUCCUCUCGCCCUAAGGUGGAUGGAGUCCGCAAAGCCCUCCAGGACCUGGGGCUCCGGAUUGUGGAGAUGGCGGACGAGAACGCGACGCUGGAUGGCACUGAUGUCCUCUUCACGGGCCGGGAGUUUUUCGUGGGCCUCUCCAAGUGGACCAACCACCGAGGAGCCGAGAUCGUGGCCGACACGUUCCGGGACUUCGCCGUCUCCACAGUGCCGGUCUCCAGCCCCUGCCACCUGCGCAGCUUCUGCGGCAUGGGGGGUCCCCGCACGGUGGUGGCGGGCAGCAGCGACGCUGCCCAGAAGGCGGUCCGGGCCAUGGCGGUGCUGACGGACCACCCCUACGCCUCCCUGACCCUCCCAGAUGAUGCAGCCGCUGACUGUCUCUUUCUGCGUCCUGGGUUGCCUGGUGUGCCCCCUUUCCUCCUGCACCGUGGAGGGGGGGACCUGCCCAACAGCCAGGAGGCACUGCAGAAGCUGUCUGAUGUCACCCUGGUCCCUGUGUCCUGCUCUGAACUGGAGAAGGCAGGUGCUGGGCUCAGCUCCCUCUGCCUGGUGUUCAGCACACGCCCCCACAGUUGAGGGCCUGGCCUUGGGGUCUUGGCUGGUCAGGGAUAGGGCAGUAUAGGGAGUAGAAGGGGAAGGAGGAUUAGACAAAGGAUGGUGAAUAGUGGGAACAGGGUCCCAAGGUAGGGGGAGGGCAUAGUGUGGGGAAAGGAGAGAGAUCAUUGGGUGAGUCUUCUCUCCCAGAACUAAUAAAAUAGAACUGACCUUUCCGA